AUGGCGAGCAAACAACCGUUCAAGACCACUUUCGAACCGGAAAAGGUCAUUCGGCCUAUCUUCACCGGAGGCUCUGUUGCAUUGGACAAUGGCGCCAAGAUUUUGGCCACGCCCCUUGGGGAGGACGUGAUCUUGACCAACCCCUCUAACGGAAAGCAUCUUGCAAAGAUCGAAGGCGAUGGCGAACAAAUCUCGACUUUGACCUUGACGCCCUCCGGGUCUCACCUCAUCAUCUGCUCCCGAUCUUUGUCCAUGAAGAUCUAUGCUCUGAAGACCACCGACGACGGAACGAUCGAAGCGAAGUUGACGAGAUCCCUCAAGCCACACGGUACCCCUGUCGUCGUUCUCGCUGUCGACCGAACCAGCACCCUUCUUGCGACCGGAGGAACCGAUGGAGCGAUUAAGGUCUGGGACAUUGUCGGAGGCUACGUUACCCACACCUUCCGCGGACCAAGUGUUCUCGUUUCCGCUCUCCACUUCUUCGAGGUUGCCGCUCGUUCGAACGAUCUUGAAGUUGAGAAGGUUGGCAAGAAGGGAAAGAAGUCGAAGCAGGUCGAGGAGCAGGACGAUAACUCUACGACGACAAAUUGGCGGUUGGUGUCCGGUAGCCAGGAUGGAAAGGUUCGCGUCUGGGAUCUCCACAAACGCGCUGCCGUUGCGAACCUCGACUCCCACGUCUCCAACGUCCAAGGCCUGGACUACUCCCCCGAACAAAACGCCAUCGUAUCGGCGGGCAGAGACAAGACGAUCAUCUGGUGGGAUGCGAGGUCUUGGAAGAUCCGGAAGAUCGUGCCUUGCUUGGAGCUUAUUGAGGCUGUUGGUUUCGUUGACGGCGGUCGUCUGACAUACUCCGCGGGUGCCAAGGGCUGCCUCCGUAUCUGGGAUACUGACACCGGACGCGAGUUGACAAAGGAGCAGCCUGCGAAGGCUGAGGCGGAGGGCAUCGUGAGCGCUGUCUCUCACCCCGAGCUCCCUUUCGUACUUUGCGUGCAAGUGGACCACACGCUUGCACUCUACAAGGUGCCCGAGAAGGACGAUGUUGAGGGCACCCUGCUCGAGCCAUUUAGGCGUAUUUCAGGCACCCACGACUCGAUCAUCGAUCUUACUUACCUACUCCCCGACCGCUCGCUCCUCGCCCUCGCUACAAAUGCCGAAGAUAUCCGCAUCGUCUCCGUCAAGGACUCCGACGCCAACGCUACCACAGAAAACCCCACAUACUUUGGUCAAGAUCUGGCUUUACUCAAGGGUCACGAUGACAUUAUCGUCUCCUUGGACGUUGACUGGUCCGGGUACUGGGUUGCAACGGGUGCGAAGGACAAUACUGCUCGUCUCUGGCGCAUCGACCCCGAGAACAACUCUUUCACAUGUUAUGCUACCUUCACGGGUCACACCGAGUCAAUUGGCGCAGUUGCUCUGCCCAAGCAGCCCCCACAGGAGUCAUCAGCACAGUUCAAGGAUCCCCUGAGCCAUCCCCCGCCAUUCCUCUUGACUGGCUCUCAAGAUCAGACCGUGAAGAAGUGGGAUAUUCCCAGGGAAGCUCAGCAAGGGAAGAAGGGAGGCCGUGCUGUCUUCACCAGAAAGGCGCACGACAAGGAUAUCAACGCCAUGGAUGUCCAUCCUUCCGGUCAACUUUUUGCCUCCUCAUCUCAAGACAAGAUGGUCAAGAUUUGGUCGGUGGCUGAGGGUGAAGUCCAGGGUAUUCUGCGCGGCCACCGCAGAGGUGUGUGGUCAAUCAAGUUUGCUCCUGCCCAGUGCCCCGCCAUUCAGGGAGACGAGGGCCAGGUUGCUGGAAAGGGUGUUGUCUUAACGGGUAGUGCCGACAAGACCGUGAAGCUCUGGAGUUUGACCAACUACACCUGCAUCAGGACAUUUGAGGGUCACUCCAACAGUGUUUUGAAGGUUGUCUGGCUGAACAUGCCGAAACUCGAGGGCAAGGGCAAGAAACAGCUCCAGUUCGCCAGUGCGGGUAGUGACGGCCUGGUCAAGGUGUGGGAUGCCAACUCUGGGGAAGCCGAGGCAACGCUUGACAACCAUGAGGACCGUAUCUGGGCCCUGGCCGUCAACUCCAGUGACAACACGAUCGUUUCAGGUGACGGUGACUCCAUCGUCACUUUUUGGAAGGACACCACUGCUGAAUCCCAGGCUGCCGCUACGGAAGCCGCUCAAAAGCUGGUCGAGCAAGAGCAGGAGCUUGAGAACCACAUUCACGCCGGUUCUUACCGUGAUGCUAUUGUUCUUGCCCUCCAGCUGAACCACCCCGGUCGCCUACUGAGCCUGUUCACCUCGGUCGUAAACUCUGCCACCCCCGAGCAGGGCAGUCUCUGUGGCCUGAAGGCGGUCGACAAGGUCCUCGCUACUCUCUCCGACGAGCAGAUCUUUACCCUUCUUCUGAGGUUGCGCGACUGGAACACAAAUGCUAGGACAGCUGCCGUUGCCCAGCGCAUCCUGUGGGCUUUAGUGCGCAGCUACCCCGCGUCCAAGUUCUCUAACCUGUCAGUAAAGGGGGCUCGCGGACAGAAGAGCUUGAAGGAGGUGCUCAACGCCCUCAAGGUAUACACGGAGCGACACUACAGGAGGAUGGACGAGCUUGUGGACGAGAGUUAUCUGGUGGAAUAUACCCUGCGGGAAAUGGACAGUCUUGCGCCCGCGAUAGAGGAUGUUGCCAUGGAGGACGCCAUGGAUGUAGAGAGAGAUACCAUUAUGGCAUCCUGA